AUGUGUGAUUCUAACAUCACACCCUUCAUCAUACCACAGCCCGGAUCCUCCAAGAUACAAGUGGCCCUCAUACUCAGUGCCAUACAAAUGAAUGCGCAACACGGGGAUCGCCACCUACAAAAAGCCGCAAACAAAGUCAUUGCAGCGUUCAAUGACUGUCGCGAGGAGCUGUCGCAGUUCGCACUGAAUGGAACCGCCCGCGACGGCAAACGCAGCGCCUGCAAAUGUGAGUACCAGACGGUGCUACGCGCAUUCUGUGCAGCGUAUCGAGUGUAUGAGUCCAUACACACAGCUAAGACUAACCUGUCCGAAGUGCUGCUGACGAGUGAGGCUAAGCGUGUGCUGAGGGCUCUUGCAGAUGACCAAGUGUUGAGUUUGGAAGACAUUGUAUGCUUCAGCCCGACGUUAAUGGUGGAGCUUCCACGUAUGCUAGUGCUGAGCGCAUGCCUGAGCUCAGCGGAAGUGAUUGAGAGCAUGAGAUUUAUAUUGUCACAAGAAAUGGGACCUGGACAACGGAAUUCAGACGCCUUCAGGACAAUUGCAAUUGAUCUACAGCUGGUCAAUAACAGAACGUACUCGCGGCUGCAGCAAGGGCCAGCAGCCAUCUGCGCUGAAUCGAAUAGCAAUAAAAACUCGUUCGAGUACGAUGCCGAGUUCCGUCGGCUGUGGUUGCGGGUGUGUGCGCUCGGACACUGUGUGUUGCAGGGCACUACCACAAGUGCGUGGGGACGGAUAUUCAGUGCGGCGUGUUCUAGCUUUGACAUGGGGUCAACUUCUAGCUUUGACAUAGAUGCUAUAAGCGUACUAAGCGCUUGACAGCAGACGAUAGUAGUGGCAAAUCUUAAGAAAUAGGAACAAUGCGGAGAAAAUUGAUGUUGCAGAAGGCAGCUCUCGUUCAGCGAUUGAGCUAGCAGGAACUAGAAUUGCAUACCUUGAAAUUGGCAAAUUUUAAUAUUUUAGAAUUUAUUGUAAAUAUGAAUAGUUUUUAAUGGAUUACACUCGACAGAGAUUGCCUCAAUAGUAGAUCGAGAUCAUAGUAUGGUUCAGACUAUAGAUAUUCAACGCUCGGGCGUUCGGAAUGCGACAAAAGAAUGGAAUCGUGCGAGAUUGUUAGUUUUUUUUAAAUUAAGAAAAUAUAA